AGAAUUCUGUUUCUUGCACUAUCUUGAUGCCUGUUGUUGUGUUAAAAUUCAAUCUUGAUUAUCGGUACCUGAUUCUUGACUUGGGACUGAUUAAAGAUUUGAUUUUUAGAAUUGGGUUUUCCAUUUCUUGGAUUCUUUUCAGAUCGGUGCUUUAUCUGAUUUUAAUUGUAAAAUGGGACUUUUUUUUGUAUGUAAAGUUCUUUUCUUUCAUGGUUGGACUUGUGUUUCUGGUUUAAUUGUCAAGAUAGGAUCUUUUUACUUGACUAAUUAGGUUUUCACUUGCUGUGAAGAUUCCAAUAUAUUUGUAUUUGUGUCUUUUACAGUUUUACUGACUCUUUAUGUGCUUAUCUUGGUGCAUUUGGGAUAUGUGUUAAUAGCAAAAUUGGGUUUUAAUUUGACUCAAAGUGGCUAUAGAAAAGUAUAUCAAGUCUUGACUUUGGUUGUGAUAAGCAAUAAACCUUUUAAUCUUCGAUCUUCUUUGUUUGUGAGAUUAUGUAAUUUCUAUUCUCCCCACUUCACCUUACUAGGGUUUUUAGUUUGUAUUUGAAAUUGAAUUUGAUAAAGUCUUUGGACUAUCUUUUACUGUAUCUGCUAUUCGAUGGCGAUUUGAUCUUGUGCGAACAUGGUUAGGCAUAUAGGAUUUUGGCACUGAUUUAUUCUUGUGGAGUUAUUGUCUCAACAUGAGGUUUCCAUCUGAAAAUAUCUGCUCUGGUUAUUGGUUCCAUGGUGCUCAACUUUUGGCUAGGAAAUAUAUCAUUAUCUGAGCAAUGUCGUUACAUUUGACAUUACGCUGAAACUAGUCAAUCUACCAUAUCUGAUGAUGUUGCUGUCCUGAUUGUGAAGGGAUUUUUCUUUUUUGUAGUUGAACAUUAUAAAUAAUCAAGAAUAGGUAUACCGAUAAUCAAGAUUCUAUCGAGCUUAUUAACAAAAUAGGUAUGCCGUAGGCUCAUAGGAAAUUUUUGUGCUACUAGGUAGAUAGUGUAAGUUCAGAAAGCUAGAGCUGAAUGUCUGAUUGGAAUAGUCAAGUGUAGUAUUUCAUCUCGAGUAUCACAAGAGAUAUUAUUUCACUUUUUGUCUAAUUGUAUUGACUAAUACGAAUAAGAGAAGUCUAUGAACUUUUGUGGUUCUCAGACACAUGUUAUCUGCAUCUGGUGGAUUAGCACAAGGAUCCAAUAAUAAGUUGAUUGUCUUCAACAUCUGAACUACCAGCAAAAACUACUUGCGUGCAGUUGCCAACUGAUCCUAGGAUUAUACUUAUAUUUGGCUAUGGCAACUAAUGAAAAUCUCCCACCAAACGUGAUAAAACAAUUGGCAAAGGAAUUGAAAAAUCUUGAUGAAACUCCUCCCGAAGGCAUCAAAGUAGGUGUAAACGAUGAUGAUUUUUCAACCAUAUAUGCGGAUAUCGAGGGCCCAGCUGGGACUCCUUACGAGAAUGGGGUUUUCCGCAUGAAGUUGAUUUUGACGCACGAUUUCCCUCAUUCCCCGCCCAAAGGUUAUUUUCUGACCAGGAUUUUUCAUCCCAACAUUGCUUCCAAUGGCGAAAUUUGUGUCAAUGCUCUGAAAAAAGAUUGGAAUCCUAAUUUGGGCCUACGACAUGUUCUCAUGGUGGUAAGGUGUUUACUGAUCGAGCCAUUUCCAGAAUCUGCAUUAAAUGAGCAAGCUGGUAAAAUGCUGCUUGAUAAUUAUGACGAGUAUGCUAGACAUGCAAGGCUUUAUACCAGUAUUCAUGCUAAACCAAAGACUAAGUUAAAAACAGGAGUUAUUUCCGAGUCUACUACAGCCCUAAAUGUUGGCCAGACAAAUACUUCACUGUGUAACGUUGAUCAGAAGACUGCAAUAUCUGGAGUUACACCUCUCCAACAGCCUUCUCCAUUAGCCCCUACAGCUAACAUUGUAAAAGGUGGAAACAGUCUAGACCAGCCGCCAGCCCCCGGUUCAACUGCGGACACAGCGGUUAGUGGGUCAGCAGCACCACCAUCGGUAACCCUGAAGAAGGAAGCUGGAUUGCAUAAACUCCCUGCAGAUAAAAAGAAGAUUGAUGCGAGAAAGAAAAGCUUGAAGAGAUUAUAACUUGUUUUAAUGGGGGGACUAAAUCUUAUUUUCUUUUUGGUUGCUUUUAUUUGAUAGAUGAAAGAAACAGUUCUGCAGAACUGAGCUUGUAUUAUGUCCUGAUAAAUGAAAUGGACUAUUUGAGUUGUUCCUUUCAAGUUUUAUGGUUACAUUGUCAGUCUU